AGGAGCUGAACACCUGCACUGGCGGAAAGUGCUAGGUUGCCUGCGUCCAGCAGAACAUUCCAGCACACAGAGCAUCUCUGCACAUCCAAAAUGCCAAAGAAAAGUGAUGGUACAAGGAAACUAGAGGAUGUAGGCAUAGAGAUUGAUGGAGAAGUGGACAGUGCGGAGGAGGACACCAAUGCCAAAAGCAAAGGUGGCAAGAAAAAAACAGCAGCAGGCAAACAAGGCAAGGCAGCUGCCAGUGAGGAUGGUGAGGACGAAGAUGAAGAUGAAGACCGCCCAAGAGGUCGCAGAGCAGCCAACAGGAAAAAAGCAGCCCAGAAGCAGGUCGAGGAGGACAGCGAUGAUGAAAUUCCACAGAGGAGGUCCGCAGGAAACCGGAGGAGAGGCAAACCGGGAGCGAAUGGGGGUGAGAACGGGGAAUCCAACAAGAGAAACAAGAGAGGAGGCAAGAAACAGAAGCAGGGCAAGGGCAAAGGCAAGGACGAUGACAAGAGCAAUAGGAAGAAGAACAGUAGUGAGGACUCAAAGUCAGAGGGGGGGGAAGAAGAGGAGGAGUCCAUGUCAGAGGGGGAGAGGGCCCGACUGAUGGAGGAAGUGGAGGAGAAGAAGAAGCUGAUCGCGAACAUUAGGAAUAAGCCCUGGCGGAUGAAGAGGAGGCUCAAACACCUUAAGGAAGCACAGUUGUUUGUGGAUAAGUUUGAGGGAGCUUUGGGAAAAGGAAAGGGCAGGAAACUCUACGCCUACAAAGUCAUGAUGAUGAAGAAAUGGAUCAAGUUUCAAAGAGAUUUUGAAAAUUUUAAGACGGCCUGCAUACCCUGGGAACGGAAAAUAAAAGAGGUUGAAAGUCACUUUGGUUCUUCAGUCGCCUCUUACUUCAUCUUCCUCCGCUGGAUGUAUGGCAUGAACUUAGUCCUCUUCAGUUUGACCUUUGGCCUGGUCGUGAUCCCAGAGGUUCUCAUGGGCCUUCCCUAUGGAUCCAUUCCUCGGAAAACAGUGCCACGAGAGGAACAGGACACUGCUAUGGACUACUCUGUUCUCACAGACUUUAAUGGUUACUGCAAGUAUUCGGUCCUUUUCUAUGGCUACUAUAAUAACCAGAGAACCAUUGGCUUCCUGAAGUUCCGUCUCCCUCUGUCCUACCUGAUGGUGGGCAUUGGGACCUUCGGGUAUAGCCUGAUGGUUGUGAUCAGAACGAUGGCUAAAAACGCAGAUGUGGGGGGCGGGGAUGGUGAGGACAGUGAAUUCACCUUCGCCUGGAAGAUGUUCACCAGCUGGGACUAUCUCAUUGGCAACGCAGAGACAGCUGACAACAAGUAUGCCUCCAUCACGACCAGCUUCAAGGAAUCCAUAGUGGAUGAACAGGAGAACCAGAAGGAUGAGAACAUUCACCUCAGGAGGUUCUUGCGUGUUCUGGCCAACUUCCUCAUCACUUGCACCCUGGGAGGCAGUGGCUACCUCAUCUACUUUGUGGUCAAACGCUCUCAAGAGUUUGCUAACAGAGAUGACCUAGGAUGGUAUGAGAAAAAUGAGCUGGAGAUCAUCAUGUCUCUGCUGGGACUGGUAGGCCCUAUGCUGUUUGAAACCAUUGCUGAGCUGGAGGAAUACCACCCACGCAUCGCCCUCAAGUGGCAGCUUGGCCGCAUUUUUGCACUUUUCUUGGGUAACCUCUACACUUUCCUGCUGGCUCUGUUUGAUGAGGUCAAUGCGAAGCUGGAAGAAGAAAAGGACAUAAAGAAUGCCAGCAUCUGGUUCAUGAAGGAGUAUUUUGCCAACUUCACGGCCAAUAACCCCAAUGAGACUGGUACACCGCCCCCUAUUGAGCCCGCUGAUGUCAUCCGAGGCCCGUGCUGGGAGACAACAGUGGGGAUAGAAUUCGUAAAGCUGACCAUCUCAGAUAUCCAGGUGACCUAUCUGACUAUACUCAUUGGAGACUUCCUAAGGGCUCUGAUAGUACGCUUCCUUAACUACUGCUGGUGCUGGGACCUGGAGGCAGGCUGGCCCUCGUAUGGUGAGUUUGACAUCAGCGGCAAUGUCCUUGGCCUAGUCUUCAAUCAAGGGAUGAUCUGGAUGGGAUCAUUUUAUGCCCCUGGUCUGGUUGGCAUCAAUGUUCUCCGUCUUCUGACCUCCAUGUACUACCAGUGUUGGGCUGUUAUGGCGUGCAACGUGCCUCAUGAAAGAGUCUUCAAAGCCUCCAAAUCCAACAACUUCUAUAUGGGCCUUCUUCUUCUCAUCCUCUUCCUCAGUCUGUUGCCUGUGGUCUAUACUAUCAUGUCACUGCCCCCGUCCUUCGACUGUGGGCCCUUUAGUGGCAAAGAGAGAAUGUUUGACGUGAUUAUAGAGACCAUAGAGCUGGAUCUGCCUUCAUUUUUGGGGACGCUGUUCAGUUAUGCAGCCAACCCAGGCCUCAUCAUCCCUGCUAUUCUACUUAUGGUUUUGGCUAUUUACUAUCUCAACUCAGUAUCUGAGGCCUAUAAAAAUGCAAACAAUGAGCUGAAAAAGAAAAUGCAGAUGGCGAGAGACGAGGAGAAGAACAGGCGAAAUAACAAAGACAGCACCAAUCAAGUGAUGAAAGAUUUGGAGGACUUACUACCCAACCGCUCAAAUUUGCCCCCUCCAGAGGAAAAGAAAGACAAGCCUGAUGAAAGGAAACCUAAAGUGAAGCCAGGAGCAGCAGGCAAUGCUGUGAACCUGCAGAAAGAUGUGUCGCUAGCAUCGGUCAAUCCUAAUGCCCGGGGGCCUGUGACCCAGGCCCCAGGCCCCAGGGCACCAGGACCAGGGAACAGCCGUGGCAGGGGACAAGGGCCACCACCCAGACAUUAGUAUUCCAGCUGGAUGCUGAUGUAGUAUGUUGUCUGUCUAAUAGUCAGUCUUCCAAAGAAUAACAAUGAAUAGGGAUUUAAGUCAUUAUACGUUGUUGUAAGUAGGUAAAAAUAGCUUAAAGCUGCAAUAAAUAUAUUGGUAAAGUAUUGGAAUUCAAGUUGUGUAGAAUCAUUUUUAAAAGCAUAAUUCUGACAAUU